AAGCGCUAACCCUUGGAACUGCUGGCUGGCAGCUGCCUUUCAUCCUUUUUGUCUUGAACUUAGCAAAGCGUAUGUCGAUCGAUUCUGAUGAAAUUAAUCUAGGCAAGCUUUCUUUCCUUUCUUUAUCACAACUCCAUCGCUUGGAGCCACUUCGACUAAAGCCUCGACAUCGUCCAAAGCGAAUAAUCGACCUGCCACCUCUCGAUCCAUCCAUCUCCAUUUUGUAUCCUCAGGCUUCAGCUAUAAUCAUCUCCAAUGGAUCGACACGGUUCGCCUGGCCUGGCCCCACGCAACGAUGGCGGUUCACGAAUCCAAAAAGCAGAAUCUGGCGCGGACAAAGCCGCGAAGCUCGCCGCAUUGAAACAACGUGUAUCGGCAGCAAUAGGAACCAGCAAGGCGAAAGGUGGAUUAAACGUCGGUCUUCACCCGGCUUUAGAAGAUAUCGGACAAUGGAAACCUGGCGGCAAGGCCAACGACUCGAAAUCCGGCCCAGGAUCACGAUCGCGCAAUGAUUCUGGCAGACCACAACUAAAACAGAAACCCCUCGACCUAACCGGUCCAUCACAAGAAGAAAUCAAGAGCAACCCUUACUUCGACUCGAGCUUGGGCGCACCGACCGCGAAGCCGAGGCAAUCCCGACAGCUUAUAUUCAACCAAAAGGGCAAAUACAUCCAACAAGCAAACGCGCUACGACGGCAAGCUGCUCUCGAAGCUUUAAAAAAGAAGAUCGCAGCAGGUACACGGAAAGUUGGCAUAGAUGAAGAUAAAGACGUAGAGAAGAACUUCGUGGUCGAAGCACCGCCGGAUGUUGAGUGGUGGGACGAAGGUUUAAUAGACGGCAAGAACUACGACGACAUUGAGAACCCUCAAGUCGUCAAGAUCGAUACCGACGACACCAUAGUCACGCGAUACAUCCAACAUCCCGUCCCCAUCGAACCACCUCAAGACAAGAACGCGCCCCAGCCGAAACCCAUGUACCUCACUGCCACUGAACAAGCGAAACUCCGUCGCCAGCGGCGAAUGGCCGAUUUGAAGGAAGAACAAGCCAAGAUCCGACUAGGCUUAGUCCCCGCACCACCUCCCAAAGUCAAGAAGGGCAACCUAAUGCGCGUGCUCGGUGAAGAAGCCGUUAAAGAUCCUACCGCUGUCGAAGCGCGCGUGAACCGCGAAAUCGCAGAUCGACACACGAAGCACGUACAAGCAAACGAAGACCGUAAACUCACCAAGGAGCAAAAACACGAAAAACUCGCCGCGAACCAGGAGAAGGACGCGCAGAAGGGAUUACACAUGCUGGUGUUUAAAGUGAACAGUUUAGCGAACGGACAACACCGAUAUAAGAUCAACAUCAACGCGGACCAAUUAUCGCUCACGGGGAUAGUAAUCAUGCAUCCGAAGCAGAACUUGGUUAUUGUGGAAGGUGGCGAGUGGUCGAUUCGGCAUUACAAGAAACUACUGCUUAAGCGUAUAAACUGGACCGAGAACCUACCAACCCGAGAUAAAGACGCGCAGAACGACGCUCUGAAGCAAUGGCUUAAGGCGGAGACCGAAGAGGGCGAUCUAAAAGACUUGGCUGAGAAUCAGUGUAAACUUAUAUUCGAGGGUGAGAUUAAAUCCCGCGCUUUUCGCAAAUGGGGAUCGAAAGUUUGCGAGACGGAUACCGAGGCCAGGGACGUCUUGUCUAAGUCUAAGAUGGAGAAUUUCUGGAACCUUGCAAAGUCUACCCAAUAGUUAAGGAGAGCUACUACCUCAUAAUUGUAUAGAUACCAGGAGGUAGUCGCUUGGGCUAGGGGAAAUUGUAAUAAAAUCACUUUUAAUUGACCA